CUCUUUAGUAAGCCCGCUGUAUCGCGUCGGAAGGAGAUAAUGAACUCGCUGGUCUUUUUGCUGGGAUUAUGUGGUACUGCUGCAGCUCAGACGGAUGUUUUUGGAUGGAUGUUAAAUCUUAAUUUUCAACCAGCAGAAUGUAAGCUGCCGAUGCGGCCAGGAUAUCCCCGGCUAAAUGGCCCGUACGGACAAACCAACUGGUUUUUUAACGCUACAUCCAAACAGUGCGAAUCUUUUGAGUACUACGGAAAGGGAGGCAACCGAAAUCGCUUCCGGACCCCAAUUCACUGCCUCAAAAGGUGCGGGUGUCAGCUACAAGAAGAUCCAGGCUUUUGUCCCAAUUCCACAACAUCUGUUAUCCGGUACGCUUACAACCGGCUUUGGAGAUUCUGUACAGAGUUCGAGUAUUAUGGAUGUGGAGGAAAUAUGAACAAUUUCGCCUCCUUCUUUGAAUGUCAGUUUGGCUGCGGUGGAUUUGAAUUUUGAAGAAGAAAAAAGAAUUUUCACAUUUAAACAAUAACUUUGCUUAAGGACUCUUGCUACAAAAAUAUGGAUGUAUGGGUCUGUAGUUAGUAACAGUUUUAAAUUCCUAAAUAUCAGGAACUUGUCUAUUUUCUACAUUGUAUGAUGUUCAAUUUUUUUUUUAUAUAUCUGCCAUAUAACUCUAUACAAAAUUCUAUCCACUACUAUAUUGAAUAUUACUGAGAAAUCGUGGUCAAAAAAUUCCAUGAGGUGAAAUUUAUUCAUUGUACUUAUAUAAAUAUAAAUUUAGUACCCAUUUUCCUAAUUUUUGAAAAACAAGUAUGUUUGUAGCCAGUGUCCUUAAGCAUUUCUACUAAGACCAGAAAAUUGUCCAUUUGACUUUUCCUCUGACCUAAGAGAAGUAACUCUAUCAAUGUACAUGCAGACUGUUACAUCACGUGCCGCUGAGUUGUCUUUCGUUUGAUUUGAUUAUAUGUAAUAAAUUCCGGUAUGAAAUA